UCAAAGCGAAAUUUUAAGUGAAUAAUCUCAUGCGAUUUAAUAUUUGAGCGAGAAUGUCUCAGUACAAUAAUAAAAGUAAAGGCAAUGCUAGAGGUAGCGGACAUCAACAAAACUAGCGGAAUCAUGGUCCCCCUCAAAAUCAGUUCCAAUAUCAACAACAAUAUCCGAGAGACAAGGGGUGCAUUGUUGGGGGUGGGCAGGUUACAGCGAGGAAAGCUGUGACAGCCGAAUUAAGGGAGGUUGUCUUCGAAGCGAAAAACCUCGAAGUCGCAAUUAUGAAGGAGCCCAUGGAGAUGACGUACUCCUCAUGGGCAUCAUUGCAGAAAAUGUCCAUCUUCGUGGGAAAGUUGAUGCAUUGAAGGGAGAUUGUGGAGAAUCUUUCGUCCCUCGGAGCGUAGCAGGGGCGCCAGCCCCUCCGGCACCUGUGAUGGAGACAAUUUAGGGAUGGAAAAGUCGACUCUGACUUUAGUCGAAAAUCGAUCUUUUAUUAGAAAUAAUAGACUUUUUAGGAUCGAUUCAUGCUUGUCUUGAAUCGAUUAAAAUCGACUUUUACUCGAUGACUUUGACAGUUGAUGAAUUAAGAUAAUCACUAUAAGAUUACUUUUAAAAUCACAAUACAAAGUACCAAUCGAAGCGUUUCUUUAUAAAUAGCCUCUUUCUGAUUUUCUGAUUGGUCUAUAACAAUAUAAUGUUUAUAUUGCCGCCGGUAAUUGAUGUAAUUAACUUUUUAAUAUACGGUACAUAGUAUUGAACAAUUCUUUAUCAUGGCUCCCAGUUUGAUAUGGGCCUAUUGCACAAAAGUUAACAAUGGCAGUAAAGUUAAGUGUGAUUUAUGUCAUAAACAGUUUUUGAUUAAUAAAAGCACAUCAAUGAUGAAGCACUUACAAUGUGCUCACAAGAUUGCUCCUCCGUCAAGUAAUGAAAGAUUGAAUGACAGUCACAAUGAUUUCGAAGUUCAGCCUAAAAAAGUUUUAGUCGCUGUCGAAUCAUCUGUUCCAUCGGUUGCUUUGGUACCUCAAACAAAAUCAUCUGUUCAAGAAAAUUCCACAGUACAAUCUCAGGUCCAAGGUCCUAUGGAUCGUUGUAUAAACAAUGCUAAUUCUUUUUCAGAAACUGAGAUGAAGACUGUUGAGCUGGGCGCUUAUCUCAUGGAAGAGAGGAAAACAAUAGAAAAUUUGAGCUUGAAAUUAAGAAAUAUAUGCAAUGACUGGGGUCUUGAUGAUAGUAAAAUAGCAGCAUUCGUUUCAGACGGGGGCGCAAACAUCAAAGGAGCUAUUAAAAGUGAGUUCGGCGAUGGGAAACACAUUUCAUGUUUUGGACAUGUAAUAAAUAAUAUUGGUCAGAGCCUUAUCGAAGUUAAUAUUACUCCACCUGCAUCUGAAUCUCGAAAUCAAGUUUCCGACUUACCCGCUGACGAAAAUGAUGCUAUUGACAAUCUUGAAGACUUAAUUACAGAUCAUACUGAGCAAUCCUCAUUGCGUGAGCUAUUGUCAAAAGUUAAACAAAUUGUCACAUUCUUUCGACAAAGUGAAAGAGCGACUACAGAGCUGCUGAAAUUACAGAAGGACAAGCCUGAAAAUUCUCGUCUGAAAUUAAUUCAGGAAGUGCGAACGAGAUGGAACUCCUGUUUUGAAAUGGUUGACCGUUUCAUUGUGCUUGCUGAUCAUGUUAGUAAAGUGCUUUUACAAGUGAAGAUGGACAAAUCUUUGAAAGCUAAGCCACCUAACAUGAUCACAGGUGAGGAAAUCGAUACGUUAGUAGAAGUUCGUGACAUCUUAAAACCUCUCUAG